AUGAAGAGGAAGAAUUUAGACCACCUCGAAGGAGAAAUCAUGCUAGAAGGCAAGAGUAUUCCAAUGGAUGGCACCCUUGAUCAAGUGCGUCCACUGUUUCGUUUGCAGGGUCAGAUGGAAGUUUAUUCCUUUGACUUGAAGAGCGCGACAGAUAGGUGGCCUUUACUGGCCCUAUUUGAUAUUCUUGUAGUACUCUUUGAUAGGAUGUUUGCUGGAGCAGUGAGGUCAUGUCUUGCUAUUAACAGGAAUUCAAAGUCAAAUGCUUUCCUAGGGAGGAGAAGGCGGUUGGUCGACUAA